AAAUUUUUCGUAUAAAAAGUAUUAGUGAUGCUUUAAAAUAAAUGUUUAGUGGUAACAGAUAUACGUACAACAUAACAAACACAUAGCCGGAUUACAAUGGUCCAUCGUAGAAGUUCUUCAAAUAAUAAUCUAGAGACAAAUUGUAUUGUAGAAGCCAAUAACCAUGAAAACGUUAGCGAAGGAAAAACAAGUGAAUCCGCAAAUGUCCAGCCAAACAAAAGCAAUGAACAAUCGAGUAACUUAGAGGAUGAGUCGACGAACGAUGGGAACAAGAAAACCGACGAAAUUAACAAAUCCAGCAACAAAAAAAGUUGUUCUCCGAAAAAUAAUAACAUUAAAGACGCUGCCACGAACAUAACGACAAAAAAUUCACACAAGACAAGACUGAAUGCCGAACACGAAAGUUCUGCGAGUACAAACAGUAAAAAUGGCACGACAAAUGAUGAAUUGGAGAAAGAAACACAAGAGCGCAAAUCAUCGUCCACGAUGGAUCGCGGUGACCGAGAAGAUAUAGUUACGCCAAAAAAGGAGGAAGAUAUCGAUGACUCGAAUACUAGUUUAAUCAGCAGUUCAAAGGGAAUUAUUUGUAGCUUGCCGUUAGAACGGUUAUCGGGUAUCUUGGGUUCAUUGACACAAUCGAAGGAAAACUCCAACAAAAGUAUCUUAGAUGUGCAGAAUCACAACAAAAUUCUGUGUCUCUAUUGUGAUCGAACAUUUUCCAGUCAAAAGUUACACAUAAAGCACACGGAGCGCGCCCACAAACAAUCCGAGGGACGGCGUUCCAGUAUUCGAAACACCAACACAUCGAACAACAAUGGUAUCUCAUCAAGUUCGCCAACGUCAUCGACGGCAGACGCAUUUUCAGGAUGCUCUUUUUGUACAAGUAACAAGCUCUCGCCCAUGGUAGCCGAUGAUCUCGAUGUACUUUUUAAUCACAUUGUCGAAGCACACAAUGACAAAUAUUUUGCGUGUCGCGAAUGCACGACACGAUUUGUCAAUGAAGACAACUUGAACAAUCAUCUAAAAAAUGUCCAUAAUCAAGAGAUACCUCAGAAAAGGCCAUCGCUUCCCGUCACAAAACCACUGAGCGUGAUUGUGGAUUUCGAGGAUGAAAUAAUUGCACGAAUGCAGGCUUCUAAACGUGACAUGGAUGAUGUUCGGCUAACGAGAAACGCGGCAAAAUCAAUGCAGGAUUCUCAUUUGUCGGCCAAGGAACAGAUGUUGAUGCGAUUAGGAAUUGCUCAACAUCGUUCUCCCCGUACUCGGAAAGGUGCAAAAAAUCGUCGAGGUGCGCCAUCAGAAAGUACGCCACGUUCUGAAACAUAUCGCCCAAGCAGAUCUCGUAGCGGUCGAACUUCAGCUACCAAUCUCAAUGCAUCAGAAUCCAAUGAAUUUGUCAUUCAACGUACCAAAAAUGAGGUUCUGAAUUGCACGUUUGACGAAGAUUUCUAUGAGACAGUCAGUAAUAACGUUAGGCUAAAUUUAAGUUGUCACCUUGAUGGAAAGUUGAAUAGCAAUCCAACGGAACCUAGUCCUCUGAGUCCUGUUGCUGUAUGCCCGACAGUAAGAAGCACAGUUGUGCAUAAUCCGCAAGUUACCGAUAGCGAAAUUCACGAAGCAACAAGUUUAUCGACGAAUACGGCUUUCCCAACGCUACUGACAGCCGAUCAGUAUGGCAAGAGCGUGAGUGCAUCAAACAAGUACAAAAAACCAAUGACGAAAAACUCCUGGAAAUGGAAAUGGGACUUGGUGAAAAAAUACAAAUAUGUGAAUGAAGGCGGAAAGAUUGUGAAGAAAGUUAAACAACCAACUAGUGGCUUAAGAGAUUUGUCUAAAUUAGAUAUGUGGACGCAGUUAGUGAUGCGAAAGAAACACGAAGAUCUGCUGGCAACGAAAGAAUCAGAUACGAGUAGUAAAGACGAGGCCAAUUGCGCUGUGCGCACAGAAAAACGACGGAUAGUUGAACAAUUAAAUUGCAUUUUAGACAAAAGGCUGUUGCCUCAAAUUAAUGUUGAACAAGAUGAACAACGUGUUAUCAAGAAAGAUCCCGACGAAGAUGAACCAAAAGAACAACCGUCAACUAGUUUCGCCAGUAAAAAAGAAGACAAAGAUUAUAUCCCAGAAAUUCUGAAGCUUCUACCAUCGCAACAAACGACCAAAAGUAAAUUGAUUUUAAGUGGUGAAUGGGCUCGUCCUCGAUGUUAUAUUUGUUUUUGCUGUGGCGCCAAAUUUGAUACUAUUAAACAUCUGGAAGAGCACAAAAGUGGAAGACAUCCGCACACAAGUUGUACGCAUUACGAAGUGGUUGGUCGAGAGUUGAUUGAAAAACAAUUUUUCAACAACUUUUAUUUACCAACAAAAGCCUUAGAAUUAAAUGAUCUUAUAAAACAUGGACCUGUUAACGUGACGGAAAAUGAAAUUGUUGCUCGCUUAAAGGAAAAAGAAACCGCGAUUUCUGUUGAAGACUCAAUGGAUAGUGUCACAUCAACAUCUGUCAGCGUUGUUACAACUAAUACUACAGAAACAGAUAGUAACACAAAAUCUUCCAGCAAAACAUGCACAACAUCUUCAUCGUCUGUCCAACAGUCACCGCUGAAGUCAGCAUGUAGCAAGUGCAAUAAAGAUACCAACAGUUUACUUGAUUUGCACAGACACAUGUUGGAUUGUUCUGGCGAUUAUGCUUGGGCUCAAGUGAAAAAACGACUAAAAUAUCGUCGAUUACUUGGAAAGAAACGACGUGUAGUUCGUGGGAUGAAUGUAGUUCGACGUCCUAAAUCAACUUCGAAAACUGAUGACGACAAGGAAGACGAAAAAGAAGAUACUGAAAGUCCGAAGCCAAAACCUCCGCCAACGCCAAAAGUUCGACCUAGUGAUGCUGAAUCUAUCCAACGAAUGCUCGAGAAUCUACCACCAAAGCGUACAUGUCGUCAAAUAUUAUCACUGAACAAUCAAACAAUUCGUCGAAAGAUACAAUCAAAGGCUAUGCAACCUCAAAUAACGUUGAAGAAAGAAGAUUUCGAUAGUACUAAAGUGCAAAAUAAUAAAAAGAGUGAUUCUAGUCAAAAAACCGAAAGAAAAAGCUUACGUUCAUCGGCAUCUUCAACUUCAAGUGGUAGCUCGAAAGAAACAACUCCCGUAAAAGAUGUUUCUCCAUCCAAUUCCAAUCAAAAGAAAGGAUUUAUGAAACAAGUGCAUGCUAAAGCAAAAAGUGUCAUUCGAAAUUUAUCAAAAACAUUUUCCAAGUCUCCGACAAAACGAAACACGCGUAGUUCAAAUAACAAUUCUCCUGAAAUGAUCAAAGAUGAAGAAGAAAAGACACCGGAAAUUCAAGAAAAAGAAAGUACGAAAGAAAAAGAAAGUUCGAAAGAGAAAGAAAGUACGAAAGAAAAAGAAAAUGUAGAAGGAAGUGUUAAUGUUAAAAAUGUAGAAGCUAAAGAUGAAGAGCCAAAUACUGAAGAAUCAAGAGACGUUUUAUCUGAUAAAAAAGAAACAAAAGUUAAGGAUUCCUCAAGUGACAAAAUUGAUACGACUUCAACAAAUAAUGAUCAAAGUAAAAAGAAAGAUGAGGAAACAGCAGUUCAGGAAGAAGAAAAAGAAUCAGAAUCUAAAACCGACCAUAAAAAAGAAGAAGUUGUCCAAGACAGCGUUCAAAAGACUGAUGAAGCUAUUGAAAAGGCUCCAUUGACAACAGAAUCCGUAAUAGAGCCAAAAGUACCUGAAAUUACCUCUGUAAAUAAAGAUGAAAAUUCAAAGAAUUUACCUGCCAAUCGUCGAAGUAAUAGAAGAAAGGGACAAGCUCGAAAAUCCAUAUGCAGUGUUGAAAAAGAUUUUGAAAAUGAAUUUACCGAAGAGAAACAACCUGCGAUUCAAACCACAUCGAGUAAAAUAAACCCUGAGCCAAAAAUUUUGCCUCAAAAGAAUGUUAUCAAUUUGUCACUUGAAAAUGUGCCUCCCAAGAUUCCUGCUAAUACCCAACUAACAAUUACAGUCAGUCCUCAACCAGGAAGUUCGUCAAGCUUACUGACACCAAUUAGCGGUCCAAAUACAAAUGUUGCCGAGACUUCGUUCACACCACUCGCCUCGCCUGCUUUACGAACAUCCACAGAAAAUCUUCUAAAAACACCUCCAGGAAAACGAAAGCCCAAAAAGUUAACAGAUUGUAUUGCUAUGUUGACUGGAAAGUUGCAACAUCAACAACCAAGUCCUGUUAUUGAGCCGAGUCCUAUUGUUGAGUCAAGUACUGCUCUUGAACCGAUUUCGCCUCCAAUUUUAAGUCCUGCUCACAAGGAAGUUCCAAAAAUGAUCGUUACGCAAGUCGAACCGAUGCAUAAUGAUCCAGAACCAGAAUUGGAAGCCAUGGAUUUAAGUGCAAAGUCUCGACCUAAAAGCCCGAAUCAAGCUCCAAUUACUUGGACUGCAGAUGGAGUGUUGGAUUUAUCUAAGAAACCAGCAAUUCGGCAUUCUGUUGAAAAUAUGAUAAGUCCUGUUAGUCAUCGUUCUUCGAUGUCGCCGUCAUUUAUGUCACCUCCGCCUCCUCAAAUUACUGAGCCGUAUGUUACGAAUAAACAUCAAAGCUUCAACUCAUCAUUUUCAUACUCGUUGCCAAAUUUGACGCCGCCAGUCAGUGAUUAUUCAAAAAAUCAAUCGUCAAGCAGCAGUAACAAACGAAAAUCAAGCACACCAAAAGUCAAAGAACCCGAAAUAUUGAACUAUGAAAUGCCGUCGAUGAUGGGAUCUCCUCCAUUAGAUUUACCUCCUGCAGCAGUCUUAAGCAUGAUAGGUUUGGGUGUUCCGGCAAUCACGAUUCCUUUGCCACUUCCAUUGCCAUUCCAACCGCCGCCGCCAAUGAAUUUAAUCGAUUUUGGACCUCAGCAAACAUCAACGCCAUUAGUUUUACCGGAAAUAAGUACUCCCAGUAACUCAAGUAGAUCGUCUUCUUCCCGACGUAGCAAACCAAAACCACGAAAUUUGCGUAAUGAGACCGAAGUGCACGAAAACAAAAAUCGAAGUGUGGAAAUACCUUCAGUUUCGGAUCAAAAGACGCCAGGAACAAAAUAUUCAUCGAUUGACACGAUUGUUGAUAGUAUUGAAGCCGUUAUAAAGCAAUCUGCCAUUGAAGCAGAAUCAAGUCAAAAAUGUGAUGCAUCAAUUGUUCAAUUUUAUGAAGCUUCGAGCGUUUCUAAAAAUAAGAGCAAAUCCAUUGAACAAACAAAAUCGAACAAUGUUGAAAUUCAAAAGCCCUCCGAAACUGAAAAUGUUGCAGAAGUAAAAGAAACCAAUAAAGUAGAGCAAUCGGAAAAAGAACAAAAAACUGAUUCUGUUGAAAAGGCAACCAGUGAUACAACAAAAACAGAUAAAACUGAAGAGAAUAAAGAACCUAAAGUUACAACUUCAAACGAAUCAAAAUCUAAAAAAUCGGGAAAAACAAAUAAGGAGCAGAUAAAGCCAACACAGAAUGCUGAAACGCCUGCACAUAUCAUUUCAAAAGAUACAGACUUUGAAGAGCUAAUAGAUCAAGUUCGAUCUCCUCCAUCUGGAGAGGGUCUCAAUAAAACUGACGACGAGAAAGAUAUGCCAACUGAAAAGCCAACAGAGGAAGAUAACGUUAAAGCAUCCAAAGCAAAAGCAAAAAAGGGUGGCAAAAAGAAAGUUUCUAUAGAAAGUCCCAAAAAGGAUAAAAGUUUGAAUGAAGAACCAAAGAAGAAAGACUCCAUUACAGAGAAAACGACAAAAUCAACUGUCGUGGAAGAUAUUGCAAAUCAUAAUAUCGAAGAAAAAGAAGAAUUAGUUGAAAAAGAAGUUGCAACCAAGAAAUCCAAGGAAGCAAAUGAUUCAAAGAAAAAUAAAAAUAAUACAACAACUCGUAAGACUGUCGAAAAUAAGCCGCUUGAUGACAUACAAUUAGCUCGAAUUGGUUAUCGAAGAAAAAGUAUUCGUUUACUGGGUAUAGAUCCAGACUUGACAAAGUUCGACGAUGAGCCAGCAGAUGAACCUGAACCAAAGCCUGAUAAGGUUUCAAAGAAAAAGUCAUCUUCUAAUUUGGUUGAAAAGGAAUCAGAACAGCGCCAAGAAGAAACAGAAAAUUUAUCAAUACCUGAGCCUGAAGUACGCAAAAGUCCUCGUAGAUCACAAAGACAAGAGAAACCUGCUCCAAGUCCAGUUGUUGAAGCUUUGGACAAUCCAAGUGAUGAUGAGCCGUUGAGUAAAAAAGUAACUUCCAUGGAAAAAAUCAAGAAGUCUCCAACAAAGAAAAUGCCGCCUAAAAAACGCGACAGUGCUCGAAAAAUAGUUGAUUCACCCUUACCAGACACCGUCAUGGAAGUUACUACUCCUUUGAAUAACAAAGUAGAACCUAUAACAAUGGAAACUAAUGAAAUGAAAGAAAACUCAGAUGUUAGUGAUAAGAAAAGAGUUCAAGCAAAAUCGAAAAAAGUCAAAGGCAAAGUAGAAGAUACAAAACCGUUAGAAAAAGAAAAUAAUGAAUCCAUAAACGUUGAAGAAAAACCAUCCGAUGAUAGUGUUGCGAAGGAAGUGAAGAAAAUCAACAAAAGAAAAACCAAAACAUCAAAAGAGGAUUCAAGUAAAAUCGAUGAUAAGAAUGUUGAAAAGUUACCUGAAAAUAUUGAAGAAGAAAAACCUGAAGACAUUCCAAAAGAGUCUCAUGAUCUAAAAGAAGAUGACAAAGACAUCGAAUCAGAUAAAUUGAUAGACAAUGAGUCGUUAAAAGAGAAUCAACUGAAAACGGUUCAAAAAGCAAGAAAGAAGCGUAAAAACGAACUAGCAGCUAUUAUUGCAGAUCAAUUGCUAGAAAGCUUCAAAGAAGUUGAUAACUCAAGAAAAGACGAAUUGAAGAUACUGCACGAUCUCUCAUGCGAAAAGAACGAGAACAAUGACGAGCUGUUAGUGUCUGCUAUAAGAACCACUCCUGUUCCACGAAGAAAAGCAGCUGCAAAAGCUAAAGAUGCCAUGGAAAGUGAGAGUGAAAGUCGUAUAACGUCACCCAUACGUAAGAAAGUAGAACAAACUCCAAAUGAAAACAUAAAGAAAAAGAGCAAAGAAGAAAAAGAUAGCAAAGAACUAUUGAAAGAAGAGAAACAAGUCGAAGAAAAGAUCGUAGAAGCAAAACCAGAGGAAGAAGUUGUUAAAAGUUGUGACGAUAAACCAUCUGUUUCCGAAACAAUUGAAAAAAUCGAAGAUAAGCAAAAGGAUGUAAAUGAUAAGCCACCUGCUAACAAAAAGGCAAAGAUAAACAACUUAAAGAAGAAAUUUGUCCCACCUCCUGUAUCGAUUCCAACGUUCAUUGACGACGAAGAAAUAUCAUUCAAACGUACCACCAGAAAACAAUUCGCACAAGAAAUUGCUAUUUUAAAUCAAAUGAAACAAGUGGCAAACAAAUCUGAACCCACCCAAGUAGCAAAAGUCAACGAGCCUGAAGUACGCACAGUGAUUGAAGAAAACACGACUGAAGUUGUACCAAAUACCGAACUUAAGGAAACAACAAACACGGUUAAAAAAGCGGAGAAGAAAGAAAAACAAAAACCGUCUACUGUAUCCGUAUUAGAUAAUUCCAAAUCAGAUCCCGAUGACGACAUAAGUUUAUCAGAAUUAUCAGGCAGACCAACGAUUCGUACCAGAAAAUUGUCAAUUGAGCUCGAAGACAUCAGUGUUAUCCAUGAGAAAAAGAAACUUGAAGAAAAACUCAUUGAUGAAUCUGCUAAAAUUGUAAAUGAUACUAAAACAUCAAAGAAAAUCAAAACUAAAGUGAACAACAAAAAGUCAAAUUUAAAAGAAAAAGAUGAAAUAGAAAGUUCUAUAACUGUGCAAGAAAAUAAAAACUCAAAAUUAAAUAAUCAAAAAGAAAGUAAAAAAGAAGAAAAAUUAGUACAUAAAGUAGUGAAUGACGAACAUAAAUCAGAAAAAAGUGCACCAACAAAUAUUACAAAGUGUGUAGAAAAGAACGAUUUGGAAAUUAGUAAAGAAAAAGUUGUGAACAAUUUGCAUAAUAAAAGUAAAGAUCUACCUUCAGUUGAUCUGGACAUCACCGAGUCUUUAGAAAAAUUAGACAAAACAAAGAAAGCUACCGAAAGAAAUGCUAUUCUUUCUGAUUUGUUUGAUCAUUUGAAAGACGAUGUGAAAAAGUCAAACGAUGCUGAUUCGAGUGGAUUUGAAACGGAUAUCAGCAAGAAUUCAAGUAAUGUGUCGACGAAAGUCAAACAAUCGAAAAAUAGCAAAAAAUCUAGUAGCAAUAAAAAGAAUGCACAGAAAGAAGAAAGCAAUGCAGAAAAGCUCAAACUACAUCUGGACUCAGCAAAUGGUGCUUCUGUUGAUAAAAUGGCAGCUCUGAAUAUUUUCUGCAAAGGAUUAAAUAUUCCCAUUGUGGAAAUGACGGAUCCACAUUCAACGCCAAUUUCGCCAACAAAUAGCAGUAACAGAAGUGUCUUUCUUCGACCAUCUGCUCUUGACAAAGUUUUGGAUAACAAAAAUGAAAUCGAAGCCUCUAAAGCAUCACUUGAACAGGAAUCUCCCAAAAAAUCUGUUGAACCAAAACGAACGUCACUGCGGAACAAGAGAUCAUCGAUCGAUACACCUCCAGCUGAAACAACUAAAACACCCAAGAGACGAAAUUCAGUGCGCUUAGAAAAGGAAACUAAGUUAAAGUCGCCAAAAUUGAGUGAUUUGAUUGAAAACUCACGUGAUUCUGAUUUGUAUACUCCCAGUUUUAAUGAGAUUGGAUUCAACGAUGAUGAGCUCGAUGAAUCAUCGCUAAAGAUUAACGAAAUUGUCAACAAUCUCAUCAAUACGGCAGAACUUUCAGAGUCAGACGACGAAAAACUUCCACUUACGCAAAAACCAUCAAAGACAACUAACAAGAAACGUGUCAGCAUCGAAGAAGUUCCAACGACAAUUUUCACCGAUAAAAAUGAAAGUGUGUCAGACUAUGAAGAUAAUGGAAAUGCAGAUGCACUUGACAUGGAUAUGGAUGAUGAUUGCAGCGUAAUAACGGACUACACAAUUUGUCGAAACGAGUCUGAAGGAAAAAUUGGUUCGAGAAUUCCGAGAAAACGAAAGUAUCGCAAAUCUGUGCUCUACAAAAAGCGCAAGGCAGUGAGAAAGGAAUCCACCGAAACUAAUGAAGAGUUCAAUUGUAACAUCUGUAAAAAGACCUUUAAGAAAGCUGAUGGUUUGUCAAAGCAUAAAACAACUUUGUCACAUAUCGCAAAGCUUUCCGAGAUCGAGUACUUGAUGGCGCAGAAAGAAAAAGAAAAUGCAGAACUUGAGAAACCAGUGCAUCGAGAACUUACUCCUGAGCCAAAGCAAUCAGUGAAAGACAUGCUUCUCAAUGAGCGUCCCGAAUCGCCAAUCAUUUCAAAACCAAACACACCUGACAUUCUAAUUCCCGGAUAUUCACCAACAAGCUCUCCAAUGCGCAGAAUUUCUCGCUCACCUAUGCGAUCAAUUCUGUCACCUGGCGGAAUUGAGCCAAUAUCAUCGCCCGAACACAUUGAACCAAAUUACGAUCGUCAAAACUCAUUGAUUCGGAAGGCACCUGACAACUCACGAGUGCAGUUAAAUUCGGAAGAACGUCUCUUCUAUGAAGUUUGUUCCAUGUUAAAAAGCACAAAGUCCAGCAAAAGCGCUUCACAUUUCUCUUCAGUCGUUAAAGGAAACGAAAGUAAUUUUGCAAACACUCAACAUCAUAUCGGAUAUUCAGUUAAAUCUCCGCCAACUCACUCUCGUAGCAGUCCCAAAGCAGCUUUUCCUAAAAGUGACAUCAACCAGUUCAGUGACAUCUCGUCUGAUUCAAAUCCGAAUGCUUUUCGUCGACAAGGAAGAUCAUCGAAAGGGAAAACAUUCGCUAAUUAUGUGUCACAAAAUCAUUUGGAUUCCGCUGCCAUGGAAAAUAAAAAUGCAAUUAUGAGAGAAGAGUUUUACGAUAGCUUCUCCGAUAUGGGUGACAGUUUCCAAUCGUCGCAUAACGACAGUGACAAUGAGAUAAUUCCAUCAAAGAAACAUUUUGGCUCAACUUUGCUGGAUAAACGACCAAGUAACAACCAGAAAUUCAUUGACUCAGAUAAAGAAUCACCUAUUUCUUCGCCAAACUUGGAAACAAAGGGUGCUAAUGCGGUUUAUGCUUCAUCACUGCAUUCAACUGCUUCUUCGAGAAAUUCAAAUAUCUCAAAAAUCAAGACAAAGGCAGCUAUGAAAGGAUUUGACAACUUUAAAGUUUCAAUUCCAACGACAGGUCUUGAUAUGGAUAACGUAAAGAAAGGAGAUCCCAUUCCAAAUACGUUGAACUUGAAGAUAAACUCGAGUAAAAAGGCGAAAAAAUCAAAGGAAAAACCGCCUGCUAAACGAAUGUUCAAAACCAAAGCCCAAAAACCGAAAACCGUUAAAUCAACACAAAACAACAAGAAUUCAAGUGUAGCUGACAGCACUUCAAAGGACAUUUAUGCUUUUGAUGACUCUCAAGAUUCAGCUGAUAAACCAUUAAAGGACACUUUUAGAGCAAAACCUCCAAAGGCAAGUUCAAAACCUGCUUCAGAAAUCGAUAAAAUCACCGAUACUCCGGUAAAACCAAGUACGAUUGUGCAAAAUGAGGAAAGUCAACAAUCGAGUACCAGUUUUUCGGACAGAGAUGAUUUUGUCUAUGGCGAUAAUAAUCCCGAUAGUUCUGUAUCGAGCAGUGAGUCAUCCAGCGAUUCAUUUACUUCAAUAAAUACCAAAACAAAAGAACCGAAGAAGCCCGAUCCAGCCAAUUUGCAGAAAAAGUCCUUGAUGAUGGCAAAAAUUUUCAGUAAGAAGAAGGAUAAUGGUCCCAAACCAAAAGUUCCGGAAGCUAAAAACACAAGUGCGAAACCAAAAAUCGAUCGAGACAAGCUUUUUGACAUCUUGAAAGCUGAAAAUGAAAGAAAACAAGAAGCGAAGAAAAUUUCCGAUGGAAAAAGUUUAUCUUUCGAUACUAAGAACGAUAAACGAAGUCUUUCACCGGACUCGAAGAAAUCUCAUGAAAUCGCUAACAUCGAAGCUGAAUGGGGAAUGUCAAUGAAGCAAAUCGAAGAGUUAAUUGGUGUGGGUAAUCGCAAACCGAAACGUCGUUGUGCCACAAAUCGACCAAAGAAUCUCGUUGAAACAUGGAGCUCUGAUGAAUAUGAAGAGUUCCAUACGACGAAAGAUAUCAUCGCAUUGAUUGAAGAUGCUGAAAAGAAAGCUCAACGUAAAAUUAGGAGUAGCUCAAAGAACAACGAGCCAGCGACACCAACUGCUAAUGCUUUCGAACCUGUAGCUAACGAGACUAAAGAAGUAUCUUUCGACAAGUUACCCGAGCCGAAUAAGAAGAAAGUCACCAUUAUGGCGAUGAGCGAAGACGAAGGCAAAGCUUCAGAAAAGGCGAAGAAAUCUGCACCGAAAAAGAAAGUUACAAUUGCUAAACCAGACAAAAGCGAAACAAAACCAAAAUCUCGCGGCAGAAAGAAGCAAACAACAUCAAAUAAACCCAAAAAUGUCGCUUAUGACUCGGACAGCGACUUUGAGCAUCACCUCAAGCCAAGCGUAAAGAAAACAGCAACUAUCAAACAACGUCGUACUACCAUCGCUGCCCCUCCCCCGCCAAGCGACUCCGAAUCCGAUGACUCGAUCAAAACGCUUCCAGCUAAAGUCUGGAACGCCAAAAACAAGGAAAAGCUCAAGGUCAUCCAGAAAAGCAAAGAAGCGGAAGACACAAAACCAAUUGGUCGCCGAAAACGUGUCGCAUCCGAAAUGCUCUACUAUUGGUCCUCGUCAUCCAGUGACGAUGAUGAGUUCGGCAAAAUAUCGGCACCCGUUAAAAAUCCCGAUGAAGACGAUUCGCUGGACAGUGACGAUCAUCAGCAGCAACAUGGCUGGAUUGUGGGAGAUUCUCACAAAAAGCUAGUGACACUUUUGGCUCAUGCCAAAGCAAAGAAGGUGGACGAUCACGGUAGCUCCAGCGGAGGUAAGAAAAAAUAAAAGUCAAAAUUAUACCAAAAUUUAAAACAUUUGAAGCCAACAAAAUUCUUGUAGCCUCUAGCCAUAAAUUUGAUAGACUUUGAAUAACAAAAAAAUUAUUUAAAUCAAAAAUAAAUUUUUAAACAGAAUAUCUCUAUAUAUUUAUUAUCAAAAAAAAAAAAUAUUUGGAAGUAAAAAAUAUGUAUCAAAAUUAAAAAUUUAGA